AAACAAUACAAGCAUAGGCGGAAACUUGGAGAAGAAGAAAGGGAAGGCACGUGAUUAACCCAGCGAUGGUGUAGGCAGAGGCUCUGUAAGCAUUAUGGGAAAUUUCGCAGACGAAAAUGAAGCGCUCUUGAAUGAAAGCCGGACAGCAUCAUUGGAUGAGAAGAAGGAGAGGCAAACAGUGAAGAUGAAGAAGCUGAGACGAUUGGUGACACCUUGGGCAUCCUGUUUAGGGUGCAUGAACAUGCGGACAGACCACAUUGAUCUCUCAAAGGACAAGCUUGCCCUGCAGAAGCUUCGGAAGGCAGCAGAAAAGGCUAAGAUUGAACCAUCAUCCACAACCCAGACUGAAGUCAACCUACCAUUCAUAACUGCUGAUGCAUCUGGAGCUAAACAUUUCAAUAUAACUCUAACCAGAUCCAAGUUUGAGGGAAUGACACGUGUUCCAAAGGUGCAAGAAGUAGUAGCAGAAAUUUUUGGAAAAGCUCCGAGCAAGGGGGUUGAUCCUGACGAGGCUGUUGCAAUGGGAGCAGCAAUUCAAGGUGGCAUCCUUCGAGGUGAUGUUAAGGAGCUGCUUCUGUUGGAUGUGACCCCUCUGUCACUUGGUAUUGAAACUCUGGGUGGAAUUUUCACAAGGUUGAUCAACAGGAACACGACCAUUCCUACCAAGAAAUCACAGGUUUUCUCUACUGCUGCUGACAACCAGACUCAGGUGGGAAUUAAAGUACUUCAGGGUGAGCGUCAAAUAGCGGCAGACAACAAGCUUUUGGGUGAGUUUGAUCUUGUUGGUAUUCCCCCUGCGCCUAGAGGCCUGCCACAAAUUGAGGUGACAUUUGAUAUAGAUGCCAAUGGGAUUGUAACUGUUUCUGCUAAGGAUAAGGCAACAAAUAAGGAGCAGCAGAUUACAAUCCGAUCUUCUGGAGGGCUUUCAGAUGAUGAGAUCAAUAAGAUGAGCUUGGGUGAGUACAAGAGCAAGAUUCCAGAUGAAGUUACAAGAGAGAUAGAGUCUGCAGUGGAAGAUUUGAGGAAAGCAAUGGCGGGUGAUAAUGCUGAGGAAAUCAAGGCAAAACUUGAUGCGGCAAAUAAGGCUGUUUCAAAAAUUGGAGAGAAUAUGUCUAGAGGGUCUGGUAGUCCUUCAUCGGAAGGGUCUCAGGGUGGCGAUGAGGUCCCAGAAACAGAAUAUCAGGAGGCGAAGAAAUAGAGGUCAAUUCAGUAUAAAUUGUUCAUUAAAAG